AUCCAUUUCUUACUUUCUGUUUUUCGACACUGUGGACGUAAUAUCAGAGAGGGAAAAAAAACAAGGUUAGUAUUUGAUAUUUAUUUUCUCACUAGGGUUGUUUGAUGAUUGUUUUUUAUAAUAAUUUUUUGUUUUUCAAAAUAAAAAAACAAGAACAAAGGAAAAAAAAUUAAAAAUAUGUUUAAUAAAAAAAAAUUAUUUUCUAUUUUUUAUUUUAAAAAACAUCUCUAAUAUGUUUUCAUUUGUUUUUUAAAAAAUAAUUAUAAAUAAAUUUUUAAACAUAAAAAUUAUUUUUAAAAUAUGUUUUAAAAUAUUAAAAACAUUUCAGGUUUUAAAUAAAUUUUUGUUUUAUAAAUUAUUAAAAAAAUUUUAAAAAUAAUUUACAAAAAAUGUUUUUAAUAACUAUUUUUUAGAAUAGUUUUAAAAAACAGUUACCAAAUUUUAUUUUUUUUUCUUUUUAAUAGGUUAUUAUUUGAAAUUUCUUGUACAAAAAUUCAAUUUUCUUGUUAUGUUUUUAAGUUUAUUUUUAUGUUUUUUAUGACAUUUAAAUGAGACAAAUAAAGUAUUUUAAUUACAAAAUCCAAUCAAAUCCAAAAAUCCAACGUAAGAAUCUGAUAUAUUAACCCAUCUUGUGAAUGCAAAUGGAAUCUCACUUUCCUUUUAGGCAUACCUGUAUGGAUUAAUAUAAGUUUGAAUGCUCUUUAUGGUGGGUUCGUUGGCUCAAAAAUCAAUGGCUCGCUUUCAAGGGAAGGAAAUCUUCACUUUUUCAGUAAUAAGAUCGCUUCAAAGCUAUUUUGGUGAUUUUCAAAUAUUUUAGGUCAUAUCUUCACUACCUAUUCCAUCGCCUUUUACUUUAUAUAUAUAUAUAUAUAAUUAACUCAAUUUUCAUUACUUAAUUGAUAAGGGAAUAAAAUCUCCUUUAUUUUUAGUAAAAAAAAUUGUUUGAGUGAAUUUGACUCUUCUUGGAGGUUGGUUUUCAAAUAUUUCAAGGUAGAUCAAUCAAUAUCUGAUAUACAUACAUAUUAUUUAAUACUUAAACUUCGUUUAUUAUAUAUCGAGUCUGUUUGUUUAGAUAUGAUUUUAUAUAAGAGAUUUUAAUUUUGGUUAAUUUUAUCAUAAUUUAGGUUUGUUUAUUUGUACAUGAUUAUUUCAUAUGUUUUAUGUCUCAUAUAUUUGUACAAUUUGAACUUAAUUUCUUGAUAAUUUGGAAUCGUUUAUUUCAGAUAUUUCUUGUCUGGUGUAUUGGUACAAUAUGUCCUAAUUUGAACUUUGAUAAGUACCGAUGGGCUGAUCUUAUAUGAUUACUAUUUCUACUAUUACUAUUAUUAUAUAACCCCAAUGUCAAUGUUGACCGAUGGUGGGUGUGGAGUAAAUCAAAUUGAACAAGGCAGAGAGAGAAAGAGAGAGAUGAGCAGAGCAAUGGCCUGUCAACCUCAGACACACACAGCAAACAUACAAAUGAAGCUGCUGUUCUUCUUUGUUUUUUCAUUUUUUAUAUGCCCACAAAUUUCACGUUGUCCUUCACGUCCACUUCGCUUGGAUGAAUGAAUACAAGCCUCACUGCUUUACUCUUCAACUACCAUCCCAAUCCCAAUCCCUCCAGGGCCUCAUCUCUUUUAUCCCUUUUCCUUUUUUUCUCCCCCCCUCUCUCUCGCUCUCUUUCUUUCUUUCUUUCUUUCUUUCUUUCUUUUUCUCUCUCUGGAUAGGCUGAAUUUUCAUCGUACUUUUAAAGGAUCAACCUUGGAAGCCAGAGGCGCCAGACAUGAAUUGCCCACAAGAUUGGCCUGAGCCAAUAGUCAGGGUCCAAUCUUUGUCUGAUAGUGGCGUGGCUGUGAUCCCUGAUCAAUAUAUCAAACCAUCAAUGGAGAGGCCUGAGGGGUUUUCUGAGAACACUCAGACGAAUAUCCCUGUAAUUGAUCUCGAAGGUCUCUUUGAUGAUCAGCAUGGUCUUAUGCUGAACUCCUCCAUAAUUGAGCUAAUCUACCAAGCAUGUAGAGAGUGGGGUUUUUUCCAGGUCGUGAACCAUGGCGUGAGCCCCGACUUGAUGGACCAAGCUCGCGAGGUAUGGCGAGACUUCUUUCAUCUUCCAAUGGAAAUGAAGCAAGUGUACGCAAACUCCCCCAAGACAUACGAAGGGUAUGGAAGCCGAUUAGGAGUAGAAAAAGGUGCCAUUCUUGAUUGGAGCGACUACUACUUCCUCCACUACAGGCCCUCCUCGCUAAAAGAUCAUAACAAGUGGCCUUCCCCACCUCUUGCUUUGAGGGAAGUGAUUGAGGAGUAUGGCAAACAAGUGGUCGAACUGGCCGGGAAAUUAAUGAAGGUUUUGUCUAUAAACCUUGGAUUAAAGGAAGAGUAUCUACAAAAUGCGUUUGGUGGGGACGACAUAGGGGCCUGCCUGAGGGUGAAUUUUUAUCCAAGGUGUCCACAGCCUGACCUAACUUUGGGUCUCUCAUCCCAUUCAGACCCUGGUGGCAUGACCUUUCUGCUACCGGAUCACGAUGUUCCCGGUCUUCAAGUACGCAAGGACCACAAAUGGAUCACUGUUAAACCAGCUCCGCAUGCCUUCAUAGUCAACAUAGGGGAUCAAAUUCAGGUUCUAAGCAAUGCAAUCUACAAGAGUGUGGAGCAUAGAGUAAUGGUGAAUUCGCUCAAAGAACGCGUGUCCCUCGCCUUCUUCUACAACCCGAAGAGCGAUAUACUGAUCGAGCCAGUGAAGGCGCUCGUGACACCGGAUACACCAGCCUUGUACCCAGGCAUGACAUUUGAUCAGUACAGACUUUACAUAAGGAUGAGGGGUCCAAGAGGCAAAUCCCAAGUUGAAUCUCUAAAGUCCCCUAGAUGAAUUAAUGUAUAUCAAUACAUAGCUAGCCAGCUCUAUUGUUCGUUGGUUGUAGAUCAGAUAGCAAUAAUGAUCAGUCGCAUUUGUCGAUUAUUAACUGUAAAUCUUGUAAUCAUGGAGGGAUUUACAGUAAUAAUAGAAUUGGAACAGAUACAGAAAUUUGAUGGAA